GGGUCUCCAGUUUACCGUGGCUUCUGGGCAGUCCUGAUGCUCCUGGGGGUAGUCGCUGUCAUGACCGCGAGCUUUUUGAUCAUCUGUGCAGCCCCCUUUGCCAGCCAUUUUCUCUAUAAAGCCGGGGGAGGCUCAUUUAUUGCUGCAGGCAUCCUGUUUUCCCUGGUGGUGAUGCUGUAUGUCAUCUGGGUCCAGGCAGUGGCCGACAUGGAGAGCUACAAAAACAUGAAAAUGAAAGACUGCUUGGACUUCAGCCCUUCUGUUUUGUAUGGCUGGUCAUUUUUUCUGGCCCCAGCUGGGAUAUUUUUUUCUUUGUUGGCUGGAUUACUCUUUCUAGUUGUUGGACGGCAUAUUCAGAUACAUCACUAAUCAAACUUGUCACGAGUACUUUCUUGAGAGAUUUUAAGACAGAGUAUACUUUUUUUUCCAUUUUAUUUCAGUGAUCCCAGCAUAGAAUUAGUGGAUGUAGCUUUUUAGUUGCUGCUCAAAUUAACCAUUUUACUUGUGAUUUUCUCUGAUAAGAAGGUCCCAGGCUCUCUCCAGAUGCUAACAUGUUUUCAUCUUAUCUAGGUGCUAUCAAGAACCUAGUGUUGUAGGGAGUGGGUGAAUGUGCCUCCUCUUCAUUGCACAUGUUGGAGUUUGUGGAGGUUGUCAAGG